AUGUCGUGGCGGCGCUUCGACCUGAACGUCAAGGGCGUGGAGGGCAUCCAGGAGCGCACCAUCGGCGGCGGCGUGGUGACGCUGCUGAGCUGCGUGGUGGUGGCGUUUCUGUUGCUGUCCGAGUUCUCGGUCUGGUGGACGGUGAGCGUCACGCACCGCAUGCACGUGGACACGGACCCAGAUUAUCCUAUCAACAUCGAAGUGGACGUGUCGUUCCUCCACGAGGCCUGCAAAGAGGUGGCGCUGGACGUGAGUGACUCCAAGGGCCACAAGGAGAUUCUGCUCAAGAAGGACAUCCAGGAGGAGCCGUUCGGGGAGAACGGCUGCAGACUCUUUGGCACGGUGCAGGUGCAGAAGGUGGCGGGCGAUCUGUCGUUCGCGCACGAAGGCUCGCUCACGGUUUUCUCCUUCUUCGACUUCCUCAACUUCAACUCGUCCCAUGUGGUCAACCACCUGCGCUUCGGCCCGCAGAUCCCCGACAUGGAGACGCCGCUCAUCGACGUCAGCAAGAUCCUCGAGAGGAAUUGUACGCAAGAGAGCUGCUGGUUGGCAAGAAGUUGGGAUAGUGUGGCUGCAUUGCUGACCUCUUUUAUUGCGUUGUUGUUAUUUACAGUGGCCACGUACAAGUACUUCGUGAAUGUCGUGCCUAGUCGCUACGUGUACCUGAACGGCCGGUCGGUGACGACGUUCCAGUACUCGGUGACGGAGCACGAGACGAGCUCGCGAGGGCCCAACGGCCAGGUGUCGUUCCCCGGCGUGAUAUUCUCCUACGAGUUCUCGCCCAUUGCGGUGGAGUACAUUGAGUCCAAGCCUUCUGUACUGCACUUCCUCACCAGUACCAGUGCCAUCGUGGGCGGCGUCUUCGCUGUUGCCCGCAUGAUCGACGGUGCAAUCUACAGCGUCUCCAAGAAGAUCGACUAG